AUGAAAGGCGAUAUAUAUGUCGAUAACCUGAUCCUGACAUCGGACACAUACCAAGAAGCAAUUCAUUUCUAUAAGAAAUCGAAGAAGAUUUUCGGUGAGCUCGGCAUGAAUCUCCGCGAGUUUGCUUCAAACAAUAAUGAGAUCGAACAAAAACGCCUAGAUCGCAAUAUCUCGGAUAUCGAAUACGAAUUGACUCGUGCCGAGAAGAUGGUCAUUGAUGAGAAUGUCCAGAAUGAGGAGACCAAGAAGGUGUUCACACCGAAUAUUGAAGUUCGAAGGCAACGACAGAGGACUCAGAUGCUGCUAUAG